UUGUAGUUAAUUAUUUCUUAACCAUGAUAACAUUCCCAGAAGAACAUUGACACUGGCUCUGUAGUGAAAGACACGAGCAGUACCAUCAAAGGAUCCACAGCAGGACGACAUUUAAAACAAUUGACCAAGAGGUCCAGCAUGAUGCCUGAGGUACAGGAACUGUCUGAGGCUCUGCCUGACCUGAACACAGAGCCCAUCACUGGAGUUGUUGUGGUGGCGUGCCGAAGCAAGGCACCUGCUGAAUACUAUGUUGUUGCACAAACAACAGAUGGUUCCGAAGCCAACCUGUGGAAGGACGGCUUAUUCAAAUCCAAGGUCACCCGCUACCUCUGUUUCACCAGAGAUAAUAGCCAGUCGUCAGAUGUGCUCCUUGACAUGAGGUUGAUCGAUUUGAAGGACACUCUACCAGAGGGCUUUAUACCCAUCCAAGAAACAGUGGACACCAAGGAGCCUGCCUUGAGGAAGAAGAGGCUGUAUGUUAGGCUCGGCCUACGUGUAGCCACAGAGACUGCUGUGUGUGACAUCCAGAUCCAGGGGAAGUCCAAGCACACCCUUACACACUACACUUGUAUUGGAGAGCUAAACAAUAUGGAGAUUUUGUAUCGAAUGGGAAAUGUCCAUCCAUCCACUGAGACCGCUAUCUACAAAUCAAUGCCCAACACCACAAGGCAAAUACCUGCAGUGCUCCCCACCAGCCCCUACAGGAGGAGCACCAGCAGGCCUGACUCAGAGAGCUCCAGUCUCUAUACCAUAUCAGCAAUGGAUGAUGUGCCCUUCACAAUCUCUGAGAAAUUUGCAAGAACCCCCGAAGAAAUGCAGCAAGUCAAUUUAAUGGGCAUUACGAUCAAAUCCUUGGCAGAGAUCGAGGAGGAAUAUGAGUACAACUUCAGCACGGAGCACAGCAUCGGCCCUUCCCUGCCUCUCAGGCCCACCCAGAGCCAGUACUGAGAGAGCUUUUGAGUGAGGAACGCUCUGGAGGGACAGGGACAGAGUUAAAGACUACAGCACCUUCACGAAUGGUCUCCCAUUCCACAACAACAAAGCACUUACCGGAAUGAUGUCUCUGAUGUCCAGUUUAGAGUCCACAUUCACAGUAUUCCCACAUAUCAGAAGUCAACAGGAUUCUAAUCUAUCUUAAAUGAACGGCUAACAGAAACCUCAAAAAGGAUGUGAAGUUAGUAACAUAACAUUCUAAGUACCAAAAUAUUGGAGGUAACUAUUCUAAAUGUUGUUAAAUGUGCAUUUUUUAUAUCGCCAUAGCUCUAUAUAUUUCAAAGUUAUGGUCUAAUUUUCGUAUUUGUGAUCUUAACAAUUAUGUGCAAACUUUGCUUUACGCUCAUUAAAUUGUUUGUGCUCACUUAUUGUUUGCGUGAUAACAGCCACAGUAACAAAUUACCUCAUAUAUUCUAACGCUAUCAGAAAAUGUAUUUUUAAUCUUGUAGUGCAUCUCCAAAUAUGUUGAUACCUUUUCUAGUUUUUAUUUAGGAAAAUAUUUCAUAAUGAGUGUUAGUACAAUCAAAUAGUCUAUACACAUGUUAAAUUGAUAUGAUUGUUGAAUUGUUUUAACUCAAUUGUUAUUCAGUAUAUUAUUACGUUAUUCAGUAAUGUAAUGUAUAAGAAUUAAUAAACUCCUUUCAA